AUGGGUACAAAAUUAUCAAAACCACCAGUCGAUUAUUCUUCUUCUUCUUCUUCUUCACAUAAUGAAACAUCUUAUGCAAAUGUUCUUCGGUCUUAUGCUCAAUGGAAUCAUUGUUCACCACUUAUUAGUCAUAAUGAAUCACGUUUUACUACUCAUGAAAUUGUUAACUUAAAUAAACAUAAUGAAAAUAAUCGAUCAAUUGAUAAAGUCGAAUCUCGUUCAUCAUCUAGAAGUAAAUCUCGUUAUGAUCAUAGUAAAAAUCAGAAAAAACUCGAACUUAAAAGAAGUUUAUCAGCUGGUCAAUUAUCACAUUCAAAUAAUAUAAUUACAGCUAAACAAUUAGUUAAUUGUGAUUUAAAUAGACGAAUUAAAGAUCAAUCGGAUUUAACAAAAUCAUCUGAUGAAAUAUUUUCAAAGAAAAAUAUUUCUAAAUCUAUAUCAAAAACAAAUAAAAAUCAAUUUAUUGUUUCAAAUAAUAAAAAACAAAAAAUACCAGCUGAUCUUCAAUUUAUUUUAAUUAAUCAAUAUGAUUUACAAAAUGCUCAAGAAAUAGGUACAGGUCAUUUUGGUACUGUUUAUCAUGCAUUAUACAAAGGUACACGUGAUGUUGCAGUAAAAACAUUAAAUUCCCGACGAAUAGAUCAUUUUAAAAAUUCGAAAUCAUCAAUAGAAGAAUAUAAUAAUAAUAUUUAUGAAUUACUUAAUGAAGCUUAUAUAAUGACAAAUUUAAAACAUAGUAAUCUAUUAGGUAUAAUCGGUGUUGCAUUUUUUGGAAGAGAACAACAAUUAGGUUUAGUUACAGACUUUAUGAAAAAUGGUUCUUUAUUAGAUUAUCUUAGACAAAAUCGAGAUUUUUUUCUUAAAUUAAAUUCAAAAGAUGUUAUAUUUAAAUUGAAUUCUUUUUCAAAACAAAUAUUUCAAGCUAUGUUAUUUUUGGAAGAACAAUCUAUUAUUCAUAGAGAUUUAGCAGCUAGAAACUGUUUAAUUGGUGAUGAUGAUACACUCAAAGUUGCAGAUUUUGGUUUAACCAAUGGUGAACAAGCUCGUCUACAACGAAUAGCUCAAUUAAUAAAUAAACUACCUGAAAUAAAUUAUCAUAAUCUUUGUUAUUUGGUUCGUUUCUUAGCUCGUGUUGCUGAAUAUUCAUCUGAAAAUAAGAUGACACCAACAAAUUUAGGAAUUUGUAUUGGAUGUAGUAUUUUAUAUGGAAAAGAUCAAUCAUCAAUUAAUCAAUCUAUUUCAAAUUCUUAUACAGCUGCUUCAACUAUUCUUGAACUUAUGAUUAUUCAUCAUAAACAAUUAUUUACAAAUUCUUCUCAACAAGAACAAACUUUGAAAUCAUUUAAAUCCCAACCUGAUCUUAUUCCAACUGAAUUUCAUUCCAAAAGUCGAAGUGGUUCAAAUGAAAAUUUAUUAGAUGUUCAAAAUCUAUCAGGAUAUGCUCAACCAUCUCCUGGAACACGUCGAAAAAAUAAAGCACCUCGUCCACCAACAACAUCUUCAAUAAAUCCCCAAACAUCAAUUAUUGAACAAAUAAAUAGUGAAAAUGUCUCAUAUGAUUUAAAUUCAACUGAACAAACAUCAAAUCAAUGUUCAACAGUGACAAGUUCAUCAAGUUUCAGUUCGAGUGAUAAAAUUCAUCGACGUACACCAAGUGAUGGAAUACAAUUAGAUCGUCCUGGAGCUCCUCCACCUCUUCCACCAUCAGUUAUUGUUUCUCCUUCACCAAUAGUUCAACCGAGACAAAAACUUUCAUUUCCAUUAUUAAAAUCCAAUAAUGAACAAAGAUUUUCAACAGCAAUAGAAGAUAAAACAAUUGAAAAUGAUCCAACAACAGAUUUGUCAACUGAUUCAACAUCAACGACAAACGAUGGUGUUAAUGUUGGAAAAUUAAUUUCACAAAUAAAUAAUAGAAUGGCUUCGGGAAAAUCCAAUAAUACUCAAAUAAAUAAUAAUAGAAUUUCAUGUAUUAGAAAUAGCCAAUUACCUUCACCUGGAGAUACAACUGAUUUCUAG